UCUCUGGCCGGCUGGGCGCGGGCGACUGCUGGCGAGGCGCGUGGGCUCUCGCGCUGGUCCCCCUUCGUCCCCUCUCCCGGCCCGGGCCAUUAGGGAGUUCGCUGACGCUGGGUGAGCUGAGCCUGCCGCCAAGAUGCCGGCCUAUUUUCAGAGGCCGGAAAAUGCUCUGAAACGCGCCAACGAAUUUCUUGAGGUUGGCAAAAAGCAACCUGCUUUGGACGUUCUUUAUGAUGUUAUGAAAAGUAAGAAACACAGAACAUGGCAAAAGAUACACGAGCCAAUUAUGUUGAAAUACUUGGAACUUUGCGUGGACCUUCGCAAGAGCCACUUGGCUAAGGAAGGAUUAUACCAGUAUAAGAAUAUUUGUCAACAGGUAAACAUUAAAUCUCUAGAAGAUGUUGUCAGGGCAUAUUUGAAACUGGCAGAGGAAAAGACUGAAGCUGCUAAAGAAGAAUCUCAGCAGAUGGUGCUGGACAUAGAAGAUCUGGAUAAUAUCCAGACUCCUGAGAGUGUUCUUCUGAGUGCCGUAAGUGGUGAAGACACUCAGGAUCGGACUGACAGAUUACUUUUAACUCCUUGGGUUAAAUUCCUGUGGGAAUCAUACAGACAGUGCUUGGACCUUCUUCGCAACAAUUCCAGAGUUGAGCGCCUCUACCAUGAUAUUGCUCAACAAGCUUUCAAGUUCUGCCUCCAGUAUACUCGUAAGGCUGAAUUCCGCAAGCUGUGUGACAACCUGAGAAUGCACUUAUCGCAGAUUCAGCGCCACCACAACCAGAGCACAGCCAUCAAUCUUAACAAUCCAGAGAGCCAGUCCAUGCACUUGGAAACCAGGCUUGUUCAGUUGGACAGUGCUAUCAGCAUGGAAUUGUGGCAAGAAGCAUUCAAAGCUGUGGAAGAUAUUCAUGGGCUGUUCUCUUUGUCCAAAAAACCACCUAAACCUCAGUUGAUGGCAAAUUACUAUAACAAAGUCUCAACUGUGUUUUGGAAAUCUGGAAAUGCUCUUUUUCAUGCGUCUACACUCCAUCGUCUUUAUCAUCUGUCUAGAGAAAUGAGGAAGAAUCUUACACAAGAUGAGAUGCAAAGAAUGUCUACCAGAGUCCUUCUGGCCACGCUUUCCAUCCCCAUCACCCCUGAGCGCACGGAUAUUGCUCGACUUCUGGAUAUGGAUGGCAUCAUAGUUGAAAAACAGCGUCGUCUCGCAACACUACUGGGUCUUCAAGCCCCACCGACACGGAUUGGCCUUAUUAAUGAUAUGGUGAGAUUCAAUGUUCUACAAUAUGUUGUUCCAGAAGUGAAAGAUCUUUACAAUUGGCUGGAAGUGGAAUUUAACCCACUAAAACUCUGCGAGAGAGUCACAAAGGUUCUGAAUUGGGUGCGGGAGCAGCCUGAGAAGGAGCCAGAGCUGCAGCAGUACGUGCCGCAGCUGCAGAGCAACACGAUCCUCCGCCUCCUGCAGCAGGUGGCGCAGAUUUAUCAGAGCAUUGAGUUCUCUCGUUUGACUUCUCUGGUUCCUUUUGUUGAUGCUUUCCAACUGGAACGGGCCAUAGUAGAUGCAGCGAGGCAUUGUGACCUGCAGGUUCGUAUUGACCACACUUCUCGCACUCUGAGCUUUGGAUCUGAUUUGAAUUAUGCUACUCGAGAAGAUGCUCCAAUCGGGCCUCAUCUGCAAAGCAUGCCUUCAGAGCAGAUAAGAAACCAGCUGACAGCCAUGUCAUCAGUGCUGGCCAAGGCGCUUGAAGUCAUCAAACCAGCUCAUAUACUGCAAGAGAAAGAGGAGCAGCAUCAGCUGGCUGUUACCGCAUAUCUUAAAAACUCACGAAAAGAGCACCAGCGCAUCCUGGCUCGCCGGCAGACGAUUGAGGAGAGGAAAGAGCGCCUUGAGAGUCUGAAUAUUCAGCGGGAGAAGGAAGAAUUGGAGCAGAGGGAAGCUGAACUCCAAAAAGUCCGGAAAGCCGAAGAAGAAAGGCUGCGCCAGGAGGCAAAGGAGAGAGAGAAGGAGCGAAUCUUACAGGAGCAUGAACAAAUCAAAAAGAAAACUGUCCGUGAGCGUUUGGAGCAGAUCAAGAAGACAGAGCUCGGCGCCAAAGCGUUCAAAGAUAUUGACAUUGAAGAUCUGGAAGAACUGGAUCCAGAUUUCAUCAUGGCUAAACAGGUUGAACAGCUGGAGAAGGAAAAGAAGGAACUUCAAGAACGCCUAAAGAAUCAGGAAAAGAAGAUCGACUACUUUGAAAGAGCUAAACGUUUGGAAGAGAUUCCGCUGAUCAAGAGUGCUUACGAGGAACAGAGGAUUAAAGAUAUGGAUCUGUGGGAACAACAGGAAGAAGAAAGGAUUACAACUAUGCAGCUGGAACGAGAAAAGGCUCUUGAACAUAAGAAUCGAAUGUCACGAAUGCUUGAAGACAGAGAUCUGUUUGUAAUGCGACUCAAAGCUGCCCGGCAGUCUGUUUAUGAGGAAAAACUUAAACAGUUUGAAGAGAGGUUAGCAGAAGAAAGGCACAAUCGCCUGGAGGAACGAAAAAGGCAGCGCAAAGAGGAACGCAGAAUAACUUACUACAGAGAAAAAGAAGAGGAGGAGCAGAGGAGGGCAGAGGAACAAAUGCUGAAAGAGCGUGAAGAGAGAGAACGCGCUGAACGAGCGAAACGAGAGGAAGAACUACGAGAAUAUCAGGAGCGCGUGAAGAAAUUAGAAGAAGUGGAAAGGAAAAAACGCCAGAGGGAAUUGGAAAUUGAAGAAAGAGAGCGUCGUCGAGAGGAAGAGAGGCGGCUUGGUGAGGACCCGCUGUCUAGGAGGGACUCCCGCUGGGGGGACCGAGAUUCGGAAGGCACCUGGAGGAAAGGGCCUGAAGCGGACUCGGAGUGGAGAAGAGGCCCCCCUGAGAAGGAGUGGCGACGAGGAGAAGGGCGGGAUGAGGAGCGGUCUCACCGAAGAGAUGAAGAGCGGCCGAGGCGUCUGGGGGACGAUGAAGACAGAGAAUCUUCUCUUAGGCCAGAUGAUGACCGGCCUCUCCGGCGUGGCAUGGAGGACGACAGAGGCCCCCGGCGUGGUCCCGAUGAAGAGAGGUUCUCUCGCCGUGGGCUGGAGGAUGAGCGGCCUUCCUGGCGCAGUGCAGACGAUGAUAGGCCUCCCAGGCGGAUUGGCGAGGAAGACAGGGGAAGCUGGCGCCAUGCAGAGGAUGACAGGCCACUUCGACGAGGACUGGAUGACGACAGAGGAAGCUGGCGGACAGCCGAUGAGGACAGAGGCCCAAGACGAAUGAUGGAUGAGGACCGGGGGCCAAGGCGAGGGGGUGCUGAUGAUGAGCGGCCUUCCUGGCGGAGUGCUGACGAUGACCGGGGUCCCAGGCGGGGCAUUGAUGAUGACCGGGGUCCCAGGCGAGGGCUAGAUGAUGAUCGAGGACCUUGGAGGAAUGUCGACGAUGACAGACUUCCCAGACGGGGGGCUGACGAUGACAGGGGUCCUUGGAGAAACAUGGAUGACGACCGGAUGUCAAGACGAGCUGAUGAUGACCGGAUUUCCAGGCGGGGUGAGGACUCCAGGCCUGGUCCUUGGAGACCGUUUGUUAAGCCAGGUGGAUGGAGAGAGAAAGAAAAAGCCAGAGAGGAGAGUUGGGGCCCUCCCCGAGAAUCAAGACCACCCGAAGAACGUGAAUGGGAGAGAGAAAGAGACAGGGACAACCCAGACCGCGAGGAGAACGACAAGGACCCUGAAAGAGAGAGAGACAGGGAGAGGGACGGGGACCGAGAGGAGCGCUUCAGAAGACCCAGGGACGAAGGUGGCUGGAGGCGAGGACCAGCUGAGGAAGCCUCAAGCUGGAGAGAUUCCAGUCGCCGAGAUGAUAGGGAUAGGGACGACCGGCGCCGUGAAAGAGAUGACCGGCGGGACCUGAGAGACAGACGGGAUCUGAGGGAUGAUCGGGACCGGAGAGGACCUCCCCUGAGGUCAGAGCGUGAUGAAGUAAGUUCUUGGAGGCGUGCUGAUGACAGGAAAGAUGACCGCGCAGAGGAGCGGGAUCCUCCUCGUCGAGUUCCUCCCCCAGCUCUUUCUAGAGAUCGAGACAGAGACCGGGACCGGGACCGAGACCGAGAAAGAGAAAGAGAAGGUGAAAAAGAGAAGACCUCCUGGAGAGCUGAGAAAGACAGGGAAUCUCUCCGUCGUACUAAAAAUGAGACUGAUGAAGAUGGAUGGACCACGGUACGACGCUAAGUCCCCAGAUAACGGAUCAAACUCCUGUCUUACCUAGGUUUGAUCCCAUUCAGGAUUAUUACACUUGUGCUUCAACCAAUCUAAAUUGGAUUCUUUAAUAUUGUUUCACCAUAACACAAAAGCAUGAACUUGUAUUAAUCCUAUAUAAUAGAUUGAUCAUGCACCGUAUCCACCGGAGUUGGAAAACCAUGCCAUUUUCUGGAAUUUAAGGUGUUGCAUUAUUUCAUCAAUCAUUUGUUUACAAAAAAGGAAAACUAAAAAAAUAAAUUUAAAAUGUGAACCCUUCAGGUAUUGAGUAACACCUGUAUCUUGGUAUAGAACUGAUCUUUUUCUUUUGAUUUUGAAAUAUAUUAAUUUGGAAUGAGAAUUUGGAAUAAGGUUCUGUGAAAGAAAAUGUAUCUGAAGACCCUUUAAUGCAAUGGAUCUGAAACAGUUUUCACAUCACUUAGUGGUUGAAACAUACCUCUUUUAGAUAUUUUGAGGUAUUUACUGCUAACUAAAUUUGGAAGAUUUUAGAUUCACUUUAGUGCGGUAAACAUCACAAACAUUGGCUACAGUGGGAUUUCCUGUAGCUUUUACUUGAGAGAAGGUGAGUAUAAGGCAAUUUACAGUCACUGUAAUAAGAAUACUGCUCAAGUGUGAAUCCCAAACAAUACAGCUUUUAAAUUUUAAAGCAUUUGGUAAACUAUCGCUGAGUUUUCUGUUGCCAAUAGCAAACUGCUUUUCCCUUAAUGGAGAAUUUAUGCCUUUCAAGCAUUUUAAAUAUGACAAUAUUUAUAAAUGUGUGGUUUGGAGGAACUGUUUAAAUUCUCUUUCCUAAUUUUCUUUCUCUUCAGGAUAGAUUCUUUCAACAAGUAAUUUGUAGUAAUGACUGUGUUGACUUCAAUUUUGGAGUGUAAUAGCUAUGUUAAAGAUUUAACUAUUUGGUCUUAUUGAAGCCAACACAGAACUUGCUGCUGUGUUUUUUCUUCAGUGAUAAAUAAAAUACUUACAGAAUUUG